GUGUAAACCUGUUUAAAGACACAGACAAGAAAAUUGUUAAUGAAAACCAGUUGACUGAACUACCAGAUGAUGUUCAGCAGAGGAAGAUGAACAGGAUAAAAAAAGACAAAAGAAAUCAUUCUUUUAUACCUGUUCUUUUUUUGUGAAGUAAUCUCGCUAUAAAUCUGACUGAAUCACUGAGUAAACUGAUUAAUCAAACUUAUUCAAAAGUUUAUAAAACCAUUCAAAAGUUUAUGGGGAGUGACGAAGUUGUCUGUGAAAGAUAUUCUGUACAAUGGAGUCAAACUUUGACACUACCAACGUGUCGCAAUUUGGGGAGAAACCACGUCGCAAGCGAACACUAGAUGACAAAGCAUGUGAAGUUUGUGAAGACAAGUCAACGGGAAAGCAUUAUGGAGUGUACUGUUGUGAUGGUUGCAGUGGUUUUUUCAAACGCACAGUUCGUAGAUCUACUCCGUGGGUCUGUCGAAACAACAACCAAUGCGUCGUUGACCGAGGCAACCGAACAGACUGCCGCGCGUGUAGAUUUAAGAAAUGCUUGAUGGUCAACAUGAAACCUGAAGGGGUACAAAAUUCGCAUGGCUCACGAGUAUCACAAGAGAACACGGACUCAAUAAUGACUGAUGGCGGCGAACCUGGUUAUUUAUGCAAUGAUUCUUCUGAUCACGCGUCAGGGAAUGCAGGGAUGACCACACGAGACAAUUUAACAGAUAACGCUGUUACGUCGUUCUCUGCGACAAACAAUUCCUCACCUCCCAUCUCAAUGGCUCUGGCUGAUGGUAGUAGUCCUGACUUUCAAAACAGAUCAGUGUCUCCUGUAUUCAUCAAGGUGGAAACUAAAAGAUCUGAUACUUACAAUCACAUCGAGAAUAACUCGGAGAUAAUCGCGAGUACUUCGGAAACUGUCGGUAAUCAUCUGGCAACGACCUCGAACAGCCCAGAACGCAGAGAUGUUGUGUCCCAACUAGACAUAGCCGCCACAAAAUCCAGUUUGGUAACAAUCUCUAAACCAGUAAGACCUGUUAUGUCUUUUACCCAAAGAGCAAAUCAGGAACUUCAAUUAGUCCCCUCGGUUGUUUCAAACGAUUCAUUUACCCACAGCUAUCCCUAUCAACCAACCCAAUAUCCUUCAACAUCAAGCGUUGUUCCUCCGUAUCGUUCACUCAGCCAUUAUGAAAGUCAUACUCCGACUAGUAACGAGAUCUCUUUGAGACUAAAUUCGGAAUCUCUUCAAAAGAUGGCCGUUCAUCUUGUAUCAAAUUCUGUUAAUUUUGCGAAAAAUAUUUCCAGUUUUAAAACGAUGCCCUUUCGCGACCAGAUAAUACUAUUGGAAGAAUCUUGGAAAGAUUUAUUCAUUAUAGACGCUGCAUUCUUCUCCAUCCCCCUCGAUAUGUCGUACAUUGCUCCCCCCGGUGAAGGAAGUAGUACACUGAUUUCAAGUCUCCGCGUUUUACAAGACCUUGUCACUCGUAUCCAGGCCUUAGCACUGGAUAAAACCGAGUGUCAAUAUCUAAAGACAGUUGUCUUAUUCAAACCAGACAUCAAAGGACUUAAAGAUUCGGAACAAGUUGAAAGACAUCAAGACGAGGCUCAGGUUAAACUGCUCAACUACACUAGAACGACACACGCUGAAAAUCCUGCAAGAUUUGGUCGCAUGUUGUUGACCUUGUCAGCAUUCGAGCGAGUCUCUCAAGACUCUGUUGAGAAACUGUUUUUCCGCGCAGAAAAUGACAAAGUUGAGUUUAUCAUACACGAUUUAUUUAAAAAGACGUAAUAAAUUGCUAC